UCCAAAAUCCCCGAGGGUGUGUAUAUGUGUGUGUGUGUGGAUGUGUGUCUAUGUCUUACAGCCUUGACAGAGGUCUUUUUAUCUACCUGGCUCCUGUCAUUCUGGAGCUGGCUGGAAUGGCAUGGAAAAAUCUGGACACUAUGAUAAGAUACUGGCCUGAGAACUCCCUGGACUAACAACAGUGAAAUGUUUCCACUGAAAAAAGGAGGAGGAGGAGGAGACUUUCAAUGAUUCAAAGAGAGAGUGAGCUUUCACAGCUCCUCUCCUCACAGGAGACCAGAGGCCAUCUGGAGUUUCUGCACUACACUUUGAGAAGGCUAUAACUGGACUUCAUUCAAAAGACAUGUUUUCUGUCGCUAGCACAAUGCUCCGGCGAGGAGCCCUGAGAUGCCAGGACAGUAGGCGUACCAUAGCAACUGUUGUCUCCGGCAACAAGACCUCACAACAGGUGAGAGAGAGGUUGAAAAAGGAUGUGGCAGAAAUGAGAAGACAGUUCCCAGCUUUCCGACCUGGCUUGGUUGUGCUACAGGUUGGAGAUAGAGAUGACUCAAACCUCUACAUCAGUAUGAAGCUCAAGGCUGCAGCAGAAAUUGGAAUCAAUGCAAACCACAUCAGACUGCCCAAGACAGCCACAGAGGAUGAGGUGCUACGCAGUAUUGUGGGUAUCAAUGAAAACCCCUGCGUGCAUGGGCUUAUAGUGCAACUUCCACUGGACUCCAUAAACCCCAUAGACACAGAGAAAGUGACCAACGCAGUAGCACCAGAGAAGGAUGUGGAUGGUCUGACCAGUAUAAAUGCAGGGAAGCUGUCUCGUGGAGAUCUGGGCGACUGUUUCAUCCCCUGCACUCCCAAUGGCUGUAUGGAACUCAUCAGUCAGACUGGUGUCUCAGUGUCAGGCAAAAAUGCAGUCGUGAUCGGUCGCAGUAAGAUCGUUGGAGCACCCAUGCAUGAUCUCCUUUUAUGGAACCACGCCACUGUGACUACCUGUCACUCAAAGACUCCAGAUCUUGCUACACAGGUGGGGAGGGCAGACAUCUUGGUGGUGGGUGCUGGCAAAGCAGAGAUGGUGAAAGGAGAGUGGGUGAAGGAGGGAGCGGUUGUCAUUGACUGUGGCAUCAACCAUAUCCCAGAUAGUAGCAAGCCCGGCGGGAAGCGAGUGGUUGGAGAUGUUCAUUAUGCCUCAGCCAAGGAGCGAGCAGGGUUCAUCACCCCUGUCCCCGGUGGUGUAGGGCCAAUGACAGUGGCCAUGCUAAUGGAGAACACAGUCCAGAGUGCUAAGCGUUUCCUGCAGACUUACAGACCGGGGAAGUGGAAUAUGGCCUGUAAAAAACUGAAACCACAAAAACCUCAGCCAAGUGAUCUCACAAUAUCCCACUUGUGCCAGAGUAAGCCGAUUGGCCAGCUGGCUAGAGAAGUGGGCUUAUUCUCUGAUGAGGUGGAGUUCUAUGGUAGAAACAGGGCAAAAGUGCAUCUAGAUGCCCUGAAACGUAUGGAAAAAGAGCCUGAUGGGAAAUAUGUGGUGGUGACUGGGAUUACACCCACCCCUAUGGGCGAAGGAAACACUACCACCACCCUUGGGCUAGCGCAGGCAUUAGGAGCACACCUGAGUGUCAAUGCUUUUGCCUGUGUGCAGCGUACUCCAGGAUCCAGCUUUGGCAUUAGAGGUGGUGCUGUUGGAGGAGGAUAUUCUCAAGUUGUUCCCAUGGAGGAGGUCAGCCUCCAGUCUACAGGAGACCUAGAAGCCGUCUACACAGCCAGCAGUCUAGCAGUAGACACAGUCAAAGCUCGUGCCCAUUAUGAGGCCAAAGAGAAUGAUAAGGGUUUGUUUGACCUGCUUGUCCCCUCUAUAAAGGGUCAAAAAGUGUUUUCACCAGUCCAGCUCAACAGGCUGAAGAAACUGGGCAUUGAAAAAACAGAACCCGCGACCCUGACAAAGGAAGAGAUGAGGAGGUUUGUCCAUUUGGACAUUGACCCCAAUACCAGAAUGGAUAACUCAUCUUUGGCCAAUGAAAUUAUGGCUGUGCUCUCCCUGAGCAGUAGUGCAGAGGACAUGCAGCAAAGGCUGGCUAAGACUGCACUGGCCACCAGCAGAUCUGGACAACUCAUCACAGCCGAGGACCUAGGUAUUAGUGGUGCCUUAGCCUUGCUGCUGAAGGAGGCAUUGAAACCAAAUCUGAUGCAGACUGUCGAAGGUACACCGGUGUUUGUUCACACUGGCCUAUCCUGUGACAUGGCCCCUGGCAUUUCCUCCACACUGCCUGACAGACUGGCACUCAAGCUAGUGGGGCCUCAGGGCUUUGUGGUCACUGAGUCUGCUCCUGGAGCUCACCUGGGCCUGGAAAAGUUCUUCAACAUCAAGUGUCACCAUUCCGGUCUCCAGCCAGAUGUGGUGGUGUUAGUGGCCACUACACGUGCUCUUAAGAUGCAUGGGAAUGGUCCACAGGUUACACCUAGCUCGACCCUACUCAAAGAGUAUUCACGAGAGAACUUAGUGUUGUUGGAAAAGGGCUGUGGUCACCUAAAGAAACAGGUGGAGACUGCAAGGAUGUUUGGCCUACCGGUGAUUGUAGCAAUCAACACCUUCAGCACAGACUCUGAGGAGGAAUUGGACCUUAUCUGUGAUCAGGCGAGGCAAGCAGGCGUGUUUGAUGUGGUGCGCUGCACUCACUGGGCUGAGGGGGGCGCCGGAGCUGUAGCUCUGGCUCAGGCUGUUCAAAGAGCAUCUGAAGUCCCAAGACCAUUCAAGUUUCUCUAUAAUGUAGAGAUGCCUGUUGUCGAUAAGAUUCGAACAAUCGCACAGCAGAUGUACGGCUUGAGGGAUGUGGAGCUCUCGCCUAGAGCUAAGGAAAAGCUAACACUUUACACCAAACAAGGCUUGUGCAAUAUGCCAAUCUGCAUUGGUCAGACCCACACGUCUCCAGAUAUGAAGGGAAACGCCACAGAUUCUGUCCUGCAUAUUUUGGACAUCCAGGCAAACACGGGUGCUGGGUUCCUGCUUGGACUGGUUGGCACGUCAUCUACCAUACCUGAGGAUCCCAUAUGGCCAUGCUUCCAUGGCAACGACCUCUUCAAAGACACCCAAAAGCUCUGAGAUUAUCAGAUGUGAAGUUGGGCUGUCAUAUCCCAGACCUAAAUAAAACCCAGUCACAAGAGAUGAGGAGAUUCUCUCCAACACCUCCCUCCCUCUGGACACCCAUGCUUUAACUGCUCUGCUCUUCCACAUUCAACACACCUCUGGCCAGCGUCUUCACAUUUUCCUCUAAAUAACAUAUGUUCUCUAAGACUCAG